AUGGGAACAUUCAAGGGAUUUGGGAACGAGCCACCAGGAAUCAACCCAUUAGCGAGGCAGUCUUCGAUCUAUUCGCUGACGUUUGAGGAGUUGCAGAACACCAUUGGAGGCUCAGGCAAGGACUUUGGGUCCAUGAACAUGGACGAGCUCUUGAAGAGCAUAUGGACGGCUGAAGAGACUCAGAUUAUGGCUCCAUCUGGUGGUGGAGCUGGUGGUCAGAAUGGGCUUGGCCUCGGUGGCGGGUCUCUGCAGAGACAGGGCUCGCUGACCCUGCCCAGAACGCUGAGCCAGAAAACUGUUGAUGAGGUCUGGAAGAACAUCUCAAAAGAAGGGACUGGUGCUGGUGGGUCUAAUAUGCCUCAGAGGCAACAGACCUUGGGAGAGAUGACUUUGGAGGAGUUUCUGGUCAAAGCUGGGGUUGUUAGAGAAGAGGCUCAAUUAGCUCCAAAGCCAGCUAAUAAUGGUGCUGGUUUUUUUGGUGACUUAUCUCGUUUUGGUAAUACUGGCGGUAAUUUGGACUUUGAGUUUCAGCAAACGAAUCGUGGUGUCGGGGUUAUGGGGAAUAGAGUUUCUGAGACCAAUAGUCAAGUUCCUAAUCAGGCCUCCAAUUUGCCAUUGAAUGCUAAUGGGGUUAGAUCAAAUCAGCAACAACAACAGUUACCACAGCAGCAGCAAAUAUUUCCCAAGCAGCAACCUGUCACUUACAACACUUCUCCAUUGCCUAUGGGACCAAAUGCUCAACUGGGUAGUCCUGGAAUGAGGGGUGGGAUUAUGGGAAUUGGUGAUCAGGGUCUGAAUGGUACUCUGGUUCAGAGUUCAGGGAUGGGAAUGGUUGGGUUAGGAGCUGCAGGGGCUGUUCGAGUGGCAACGGGGUCGCCUGCGAACCAGUUGUCAUCUGAUGGAAUUGGGAAGAGUAAUGGUACUGAUACGUCGUCUGUGUCACCGGUGCCUUAUGUGUUUAAUGGUGGCUUUAGGGGGAGGAAAGGCGGUGGCCCCGUGGAGAAGGUUGUGGAGAGAAGACAGAGGAGAAUGAUUAAAAACAGAGAAUCAGCUGCCAGGUCCCGAGCUCGCAAGCAGGCUUACACAAUGGAGUUGGAAGCCGAAGUUGCAAAACUAAAGGAGGAGAACCAAGAGUUGCAGAAGAAACAGGCUGAAAUGAUGGAAAUGCAGAAGAAUCAGGAUAUGGAGAUUAUAAAUCUUCAACGAGGUAAGAAGCGAUGCUUGAGAAGAACGCAGACCGGUCCAUGGUAA